AUGGGAGUUUGUCUCCACUUGUUCUUCAUCUCUGUGGCUCUCCCCCUCGGACAAGUUCUAUCUUGCACAGAUGAUCAAUGCCGUAUACUGGCAUUUCCAUCCACUUUGUUCUUCGUUGGAGAACGUCUUGUUAACCAUACCAUAGCAAACAUCAGUGUGAUUGACAGGGACACGUGUGAAUAUCGUUGCUACUUGGACUACAACUGCGUCAGUGUUAACUUUUAUUUUGGAGAAAAAGGAGCAAAAGCACACAACUGUGAACUGAAUAACUCAACGGGUAACGAGUAUGAAAAGAAUCUUGUAAAAGCGGCGGACUAUGUAUACCACGGAACUAAGAAUUUCUGCGCUCAAUCUCCAUGCGAGAACGACGGCACCUGCCAGUCGGGAUUUACAAGAAAACGAUAUCGAUGUCUAUGUGCGUCUGGAUUUACUGGCCACGAUUGUCAAAAAGACAUCAACGAGUGUGAAACAAAUACCCACAUCUGCAGCAAUGAAAACGUCAUUUGCUUAAAUACCGAAGGAUCAUUCAAGUGCAUUUGUAAACAUGGAUUCAGCGGGGAUAUACACAAUUGCAUAGACAUCGAUGAGUGUGCUCUGAAUUCCCACAAGUGUAGCGAGAAUGCCAAUUGUACAAAUACCGCGGGAUCUUACACCUGCUCUUGUAAUUCUGGAUUCAGCGGAGAUGGACAUGAAUGCGUAGACAUUGAUGAAUGUGCUAACGAUACACACAACUGUAGCAAGAAGAAUGGCAAUUGUACAAACGUCGUGGGAUCAUACAACUGUUCUUGUAAUCCCGGAUUUACUGGAGAUGGACACAUCUGCCAAGACAUCGAAGAAUAUGCCAAAAUUACCUGCAACUGUAGCAAUAAUAAUGCCACUUGUAUAAGUUCGGAGGGAUCUUUCGAGUGCGUUUGUAAACCUGGAUUCAGCGGGGAUGGACAAAAUUGCACAGCUUUCCAAGCCAUCUUCACAAACCUUGGCGCUGUAGGAAGAGAGGGUCCAAAAUCAUUGGGCAGCUAUUACGCUGGUCAGGAUCAGGAUGGACAAGUUACACUGUCCAAGGGUAUUCAACUGUGGACUGUGCCAUACACUGGUAAAUACAGAAUAGAAACAAUAGGAGCAGCAGGAGGGUACCAUCCAUUUGCCACUGGCAGUCCUCAGUACCGAGGAAGAGGAACAAUAAUGAUAGGAACAUUUGAAUUAAACAAGGGAGAUGCCAUUCAAAUACUUGUUGGUCAAGAGGGAGGGAUUGGUGGAGGUCGUAAUGGUCCAGGGGGCGGUGGAG